AUUCCGUAUGAAUUGGGCAAGUUCUCAUUUGCCGUAGUUGAAACAACCACUCUAGCUACAAAUAUCAUCUUAGAAAAUAUGCAUCCUGCACUACUUUAUGCUUAGAGCCCUCAAAACCUCACUUACAGCUAGUGAAAAAGAAAAAAGAUGCCUUCAUGUUCGCAAACUGUGGCCGGCAUUCCAGUGGUAGAUUUCUCGAACGCGGACUGCUUGAAGCCGGGGACAAGCUCUUGGCUCUCAGCACGGAAAGACGUUUGCCGGGCACUCGAAGAGCUCGGCUGUUUCAUGGCAAUCCUACCCAGCAAAGUUCCUCCGGAACUUCAAAAAACCUUCUUUGGUGCAUUUGACGAGUUGUUUAAUUUCCCCGUCGAUACUCCUGAGAAGCCUUUCCGUGCUGGCUACAUAACUUCAAGUCCUGCGCAGAAAGGCAUUGGAAUUAUGAAUGGCAAAAACCCUAAAGAAACUCAGGAAUUCACACAUCAUUUUUGGCCAGAUGGAAACGACCAAUUUCGUGAGAGUGUUGACUUGUAUGCAAGAGUGAUGGCAGAAAUAGAUCAAGCUGUGACAAGAAUGGUAUUUGAGAACUAUGGUGUAGAGAAGUACCAUGACGAUCAUUUUCAGUCGACUUCGCACUCUCUUUGAUUUUUAAAAUACAAAGAACCCAAGAAAUUUGAAGUUGAUGUGGGUUUACGCAGUCAUACGGACAAGAACUUUUCCACCAUACUCCAU